UUUGUAAACAAACGGCAGAGGACAGGCGAGCUGAUUAAAUGGCUGACGGGUCACCAGGUAGGGCAUUCAGCUCACCCAUCAUGAGCUCCAACACGGUCUCCGCUGUUCUGGAGAAGCAGAUUAGGCGUCUGUGUCUGAAUGACUUCCCCUGUGGACGUGGCUCCUGGAGAAGGACCAAAAAUGGUCCAGGCGGAGCGGGAACGGAGCCAGCGGAUGCCCUCCUGGAUCUGCUGAACUGCCCUCGCUCUCCGUGGAGAAACGACGGUCAGUCCUGGAGUCCUCAGGCUUCAGGGCUGAGAGAGCUGGCUGUGCGAGAACCAAGGCGCCACCUGCACACAGAUUUCAUAUACAGUUACUUCACUACAAUACGAAUCCCUGGCAGGAAUGUAUCAACUAUUGACGAGGGCUUGUCGAAGUUCUCAAAGCUGGAGGAACUGGUCCUGAGCGUCAACUCGAUCUCCGAAAUUUCUUCAGCGAACCUUCCCAAGACGUUAAAGAGUUUAGAGUUGCGUUCAAAUCGACUGUCCUCGUUGAGCGGCCUCACAAGCUGUCCGCCUCCUCAGCUGCAGUACCUCGGCCUCGGAUCAAACAGUCUGGGUUCCCAUAAAGACUUCUCUCAUCUUACAGGAAGACACUGGCCAAAGCUGGUGUGUUUGGACCUCAGCGACUGCGAGUUUCAGGACCAGCGGGCCCUUGUGACCGCCUUAAAAUCCCUCCCAUGCCUAAAGACCCUGAUGCUGAAGGGGAACCCCUUCACACUGGCGCCAGCGUACCCAGGUUUCACCGUGGACAGCCUGCCACAGCUCGUUCGCUUAGACUUCUCGUGGAUCUCCUCGGAGGAAAGGUAUCGGUUCGGCGGCUUGGCCGGGAUGAGCGAUCUGAUAGAGGAUGUGGCAUCAGUCACUGUGAGUCUGAGCAGGUUGAGGGGAAUACCAGACCCUCUGAUGGCCGUGGAUAAAAAGGCUCCUGACUUUCCAGUCGUCACUCACAGAUACUUCAUCUCAUACCAGUUCCUUAGUCAUCAGACAUCUGAUAACCGGGGAGGUGACGGUGAAGCUAAACCUGACGCAGCGUCUCGGGCGGCGGAGGAGGACUCCAUCUGCUCUGACCUGCAGUCGAACACAGAGCAUCAAGGAGAGGCGUCCGUCCUGCAAACCGCAGGCCCCGCAGUCAAUGCCCAUGAAAACAUUAGUGCAACCGUGCGCCUGUCGCAAUACAGAACAUCAAAACUGACAUGGUCAGACUGCAUGGACCUGAGUCACUCACUAACACAUACCGUCGGCCCACUGGGAGACCUGAAGAGGUUCUUUAGCCAAGGACUUUGUCUCAGCCUAGAGGAGGAAAAGAUUCUGUCGUGGCCGGCGGCGUCUGAGGAAGUCCCGCUGGUCAAACCCAGCCCAACAACAAAAGGGAAGAAAGGUCAGAAGGACGAACAGGUCAAAUCAGCCUCUGCUAAAGACAAACCCAAAGACAAGAAGAACAAAUGUGCACCACAACUGGUCCAGGAUCCCCCGAUCAGAACAGUACUCGCCUCUGCACACAUCCCAAUGCAUAGCCUGGUCCACGGCAGCCAGAGGGUCGCUGUUGUCUGUGACUUUGGUCCUCUACCCACAGACUCUGAAGUGGAGGCUGCACACACGCAGAAGGAUUCUGAAAGGACAAUGAAAGAAGACAAGAAGAAGGAAGACAAGGGACCGAAGCAGAAAGAAACCAGCAGCGCUGCACAUAAAAGUUCAACAGCUUCCAAAGGGACAGCAGGAAAGGGUAAAGACGUGGCAGACCACACAGACCCGUCUGUGCCGGACCAACAGGAACCAGCGACCGUGGAGCUGCGUGUGGAGCUGGAGAAAUGGAGGACACCAUCCGAAGCUCGUCGUCUCACAGCAGCGCCGAUUACCCCAAAGCAAGGCAUUCAUGAAGAAAUAUAAACGUGUUGUUCAGGCAAAGAGGGGGUGUUUUAUCUAAAAAGCCAGCAGUCUGGUAUUAAAUGCACAGCUGACAUGGUGGUAUUUGCUCAGUAUGAAGUAAAAACUGCAUCUACAGAUCAGGGCAGAAACCCGAAUCCAUCCGUAAUUGGUCAAACAAUCUUGUAAUCUUUUCACAUCAUUUCGGUGCUUUUUCUCUAAUUUCCUGUUCAGUUUUUGACCAUUUUCUUAGAGAGGUUUGCUUAUUACUACCCUUAUCGCCUCACCGAUGAGUCAGAGUCGCUCAUGCAUUUACUCACCAUGAGCAUCAAUGUCUUUUUUCAUUUCAGGCUUUUUAAUUAUUUGUAUCAUUCUAUCUCCAGGGAGGAAUGACUGCAGUAAAACAAUCAGCUUAAAUUAAUUAAAAAGAAAACAUUCAAGAAAUCAUGGACGGAAUC